AUCAAGUCCAAUUGCCAUAAAUCUCAUUCCAAAUACCAAUUAACUACAGCUUGCUUAAAUAAAGAAGAAGACGAUAUCUUCUAUAAUGAAGAAUACAUAAGUUAAGUCUCUACUCCACGAUAUUACGUGUUCAAUCCCGAUCGACAUAGCUACGCCGCUUAACCCUUAUAUUCUACCCAUAGAAGUGUAUGUCCUCCAACACGUGUAACCACCAGCAACUCCUUCAACUUUCUAUUUCCCAUUUCCUAUUUCUCGCCCAGUCCUUUUCCUGAAUUUAUCAACCUCAUCUUGAACAAGUAAACAAACACACCAAUAAAUCUUCAAAAUGCCAUCUGCACCACCAGUCCCCGCUUACUUCCUCAGCGCCGGUACCGUCGUCCUAGGUCUACACUGCUUUCUGCGCCCGCGACAAGAAUACGGGCGCUUCGGCCUCCCACUAGAACAAGCCGCAGCGUCCACUAAAAAGAAGCGCGAUUCUUCUUCCACCACUGCUGGCGAGGGCACUGUAUCCCCGCUAAUCCACCUAAAAGGCAUCCGCGAAAUCACCUACGGUCUUGCACUCGCAGCACUUAAAUACCAAGGCCACGAUGAUGCUGUAACGGCUGUAGCGGGUGUUGUUUCGCUUGCGGGAUUAGGUGAUGGUAUUGUUAUUUUAUUGAAUACGGGAGAGGAGUUUAGACAUAAGGCGUUUGGACAUAUCGGCUUUGGUAUUGUUAUCGGGGGUUGGUCACUUUGGCGGGCGCUCGAUACUGGACUUCUUCCGGGGCUUCGUUAAUUAGCACGAUCCUUAGCGACCUACUUGCUAAGUUUCGGGGGCUAUAGAGCUCAGAUUACGGAACCUCUACGCAUACACAUGGUACUCACAUUUGAUCUAUAAUGGACAAUAAGUAUUUAGCGACGGAAAAUCAUAUGUAUUUUAUUCGACUCUAUGUUCCCCCUGGGAUUUCGCACUUAUUAUCAACCGAGCUAAUUAGAAGGAAUGCUUUCCACGGAUCCCUCGGUCAUUAGUGUCAGGCACAGGCACGGCAAUGAAGACAAUCCUACAGAACCCCGCGAUUCUUUGUACCCCGACCGAACACCUACCUGGAUGGGUACCCGGAAGCGGCCUAGCGAGCUUACAUCCACUGCUCUGAAGGGCCUAAACCUGGGGAAAUUGGGGUAUUGCGGAGGUAUUAUGAAGUCAUAUGAAAAUAUCCUAGUUAGGGAACUCAUUUGAGAUUGGUUACCAAACUUACC